AUGGUAUACAGGUAUAAGGACUGUCGGCCAGGCAGGCCUGGGGUAGGACUAAAAUAUGAAUCUCUGAAUGUGAUGUUCAAGAGAGAACUUGACUACUAUCGCCAUAAGUUUCGCUAUACGCUCUGCAAAGUUUACGAGACGAUCUCGUAUUUAGAUUCUUCAGAGAUCACAGAGCUUUUCGACGACGUUAAAUCAUCGGGACAAAUUACGGAUUACGAAUUACGUAACGCAACAAUCACAGAGUCCGUUUCUCCUCUGCCGACUGUCGGACCGCAUUCCCCAAGUGGACAGGGUACCCUGGCCCCGCUCAGUAGCCAGACAUACAUUCCUAUUACCGAAAACCAGCUUUAUGCGCCUACUGGUUGGCAGGAUAACUUAGGUUUGGAAGGACCGACUUUGAAAGAACCCGAUCAUCAACCCUUGUUGAACGCGGAAGAUCCGAAUUUUUCCAUCCUUGGCCCUCAGUCGGCAGACAGCCCUCAAUUCUUACCAUAUGCUGAAAUCGCGACCGCCGACCGAGAAAUAUUUUCAGAAUUCACGUCGGCACAGUCACAGGCGACAGAUUUGUUUUCAGCUACCGAGCUUAAUGAGCCUAUCACAGCCACGGCCAAUAGCUUGCCACUGGAGCCUGCAUUAUGUAUGCUUCAACCAGAUGGCCAAGGCAAUCUGUCUUAUCCGACCCCUUCAAGUAGCUGUGAUUCCCCUGAGACUGAGCUGCGCGAGCUCACACCCGCUGCUCCAGCAUCCGCAUCACGGAAUCGGGCAAGUAAGUCCAAAAGUACGACGAAGCGGAAGCGUAUUCGCAGGCAAGGUAAUUCACAGGAUACCAUGGCCGAAGAGGCUGUCUACUCGCUUCUUAAGCCGUGCGUAUUCGAGAGGAAAACGAUCAAGAAGAAGGACCGCAAAAAAACAGACGUAAUGCAGGAAGACGUUGUGGAGACGUGGAUCGCCAGCGAAUCACGGGGGCAACACGCACUAGGUAUUCCCAGUAAAUGGAGGGGAAUUGAAGCAGCUGCGGAAUACUUUACAGAGUUGCACUCAAAGAAGAUUACUGACCCUGUCUCCUCUUGGGUAGCAGAGCUGCUACACUUUAUAAACUACCACGAUAUGUGCAAACGACCAAUGGACUUUUGCUCUCGGCCGCCAAAAGAAGGGGAAGACAAAAUAGAGACACAUGUUCUGAACUGCAUCGUUGAAGCCAUCCCCAGAUAUUUUAAACAAGACCUCCCCUUGGACAAACGUCGCGACAUGGUCAGCAAUGUGAUACGAUAUGGAAGAUGGUGGUGGAGACUUUCCCAUUGGCUUGGGGUCAGUAUUCUGCUGCUUGGAGACGACGAAUUGUUCCAAAUGAUGAAGAGUAAGAUGUUCACAAAUAAACAGAUUGAUGCCCUUAUUACCUAUGCCUUGCGCGGACGGCUAGGGACAGUCAAACUAUUUCGAUUAUCGGAUCCUGUUAUGAGAGCAUUAAUCCGGGGGACAGUCAGUCAAGAAUUAAAAGACGCUGUUUAUUCCAGUGGUUCUCGUCUUUUUACGGAAACGAUAUUGGAAUGUGCUCUUGGUGAGGAUACAGCAUUAGUCCAAGAAAAUCCCGGGGUGUCUUGGACGAAUGCUGUGCUAGACGAUAAAGACCCUGGGGAUAGUUUAUUUGCAAUUUUGGGUAUCUCCGACACAUCACAGCCCAAAACACAUUGUAGUCAACUGCUUUGCGAUUCCAGUGCCUGA